CUACGUGGACACGGAUAUAGUCCUGUGGAUUGACUAGUGAGUAACCAGUAACUGACCGGUGUCCUGAGGGUCAGUGUCACACACGGAGUGGACAGAGGAAGGCGUCAAGACGGACAUCAACUUAUAAAAGAGCAGGAUCAGGUGUAAAUCGUGUUGUGAGAUUCUAUAUAGGACACAAAGGGAAGCGAAUCAGGUUGAAUUGAGUUACAGGAGCCAGUUUAAAAGAAGUAUCAGUGAAAUAUGUCCACCUAUCAAGGAAAUGAACCAAAUACGAAGAUGGGUGUGGCGGGCUCAUGAUAAAGACUUUCAGAUGAUACAAUUUUAAAGACGGUAAAAAAGACCAAUACCUAGGUCACGGACACUGGUCAGUGAAGAGAACAACAAGUUUUGUGUACAAAUAUGAAAAUGGAUCUUCUUGGUUAUGACGACUGUUAUUUACAAGGCGUGUCUCGCCUCCUGCCCAAAGUGCAACAGUUUGUACUGGAAUGCCUGGACCAGGAGACCCUGUCAUUUGAAGCCACCAUGAUGCGGUUACAGCUGAUAGAUCAUCUGGAGAACAUAGAGUUCUACCAGGGCUGCCCAAAGGCGUCUCGAGUGGCGGACAAGUCGGCCUACUUUGACGCCUCCAGCUCCUAUCUCGUGGAGAACUUCGUCCUGCUACCGAAAUCGGCAAAAUCCGCCAUGGCUCGGAGAUGUUCCUUCAGCACGUCUCUUCAGAAGAACCUACUGGUCAGUGACCUAGAUCGAGAUAACCUGGAUCAACUGGUCACCAUAGCGGACCUGACCAGUCCUGACCACAUGGGCUGGCUGACUGACCAGAGGACCGGAUGUGACGUCUGGUGUGUCGUCGCCGACAUGCUCAUGUGCAUCUUCGACUCCGACACCUCUGUGACGUCAUCAAAAGUAAUCGUGCUCCCUGGUUAUGACGUCAGAGCUCUAGUUUUUAAUGCACCCAAAUCUGAUUCUCCUGAUAGUGGAGCCGUCACUGCAAAAUAUCAGUUUAUGCUGAGUUCAGAACCGACUGACAAGCAUUAUACAUUCAGCUGUGGAAAUAAAACGGACUUCGAAAAGUGGAUUUCAUUACUGAAGAUAGCGUCAGCUUUGAGCACGGACAUCUGGGAAUAUGAACCGUCCUCGUCUGAAGCCAGUAACAUGGACGGUUUCCUUCCCGCUGCUCCACCUCAGUUUCAAGACAAUAUCGAUCACGUCAAUGGAUUCACUCCAACAGUACCGGUUCAGUUCCAGGACAAUCAUCAUGGUGACGAAUCCCUCCACCAAUUAGAAAGCCCCACGUCACCAACAUCUGACUGUUGGCAAGACAACAGUCUCCAUGACCGUCUGGAUGCAGAGUUGCCUAGGGAGCACAUUGUCAUAGCUCCUCUUGGGGCACUGAAUACCCCGGAUAGACACGUGCACACAGCAGUUGACCUCAAUGCCGAUGAAUCCCCACGAGAAGAAAAACAUAGCUUUGUGGAUUUUAAGCCUUCUGUAAAGGUUUCGCGGUCUCAGAGCACAAGGGCAUCUGUGUCCAGAAGCGACUCUAUGUCAACGCCCGGGAGAAAAGGUCUGGGAUCAAAACUUGCCAGGACGGCAUCAAGCAUAAAAGAUUUAGUGUUUAAAAAUAAAUCCAGGACGGGCGUUUUCGACAUCUCGAUUAAGACUCACCUUCAGGAUGUCCGUAUUUCAGGCUACUUACAACAGCGCUAUUUGCUCAAGUGGACAAAAUUGUGGUGUGUGAUUGGCAGGGGUCACUUGUAUGGCUUUAAGAGCAAGACAGUUCUCGAGGACCCUGAAAUUGCCAUAUGUGUUAGAGAAUAUAAAGUGACAGUUUUGGACAAGGAGAAAGCAAAGCAUCCAUUUGCAUUUAAACUGUGCCGAGAGGGGGCCAAGAGCGUAUUCCUCUCGGCAGCAGACGACUUUGAGUUGAGUCGAUGGUUGCACGUGCUCAAAGAAGAAACGGGAUAUCUCUUCGAACUCAGGCGACGAAGCUGA